AUGACUGACCAAGCUAAAUUGAGGUCCAGUGAUGGCUUCACCAUGUGGUAUAAUUCUAAAACAAUGUCUGACGUGAUAAUUCGUUACGGCAAAGAAGGUGAGAGAACGUUCUACGGCCACAAAAUCCUGCUGGCUAGUCGAUCACGUUGGUUCCGCGCUGCGUUCAUGAGAAGCUUCAUGGAAGCCAAUGCCGAGGAAAUUACACUCAAAGAAGACGAUCCUGAGAUAGUCGAACUCAUGCUCAAGUACGCAUACGACACCUGGACUCCCAUGGGUCUCUUCUGGGACAACAAACAUACAUCUGAACUCCUCCUUGAUUGCAUCAGGCUUCUCGAGGUCGCCGACAAGUAUGACUUUCCUUUGCUUCGAGUCGAGGCGACAUUAGGGUUCCAGAAAUGGUUCGUUAUAUAUAUCCACGAGUUGGCGAAGCAAGACGAGCCGGACCAUGCUCCGUUCUGCAAGAUGAUUGGAGAGAUUUACAAACUAUCCGACGACGACCGACGCCGUUUGACGGAUUACCUAGUAGAACUGAUGGCUGAUGACACGGAUCUUCGAACUCUUGUGGAUCGGGGACAUGUGGCCGAUGUUUUCAAAGAGGCUGCCGAACAAGUGGCCGAGUUUGGCAAGGAUAUGCUCAUUGCGUGUAUCAAUGGAUUCCUUCUGAACAAGUAA